GCAGCCAUGGUCACGCUCGUUCGUCUCACGUAACCCGCCCCCAUUGCGCAGAGUUAACUCCGUCGACUAAGCAAGCAGGAAAAAGUAAACCAGAAUGAGAGGAUUUCAUGCCAUGGUCAUCCUGUUGGUGGGAUGGCUCGCGCUCACCGCACAGUGUCGUCUCGAGGCAGGAAGGAGGAGCUAUAUAGACGGUGCCGAUAACAAUGCUACCGUCCCCUACUCGAUAUCAUCGUUAGAUGAUGGCAAGUUCAGCCUGAAUUUUUGCGGAGAUCAUGUUUGUAACUUUGGUACCUGUUACUGCUGUGACAACCAGAAGGGUCGCCCGUGCUACAAGACGUUUGCUGAGUGCAAUUCUAAUUGCCCUAAGUGCAAUCCCAAGUGCCCAGCUGAGUCGACGAUAGAAUUGCAAGCAUGACAGAAUGGAAUGCUCUCAUCCCUAGAUAAACGAACAAUAAUAGAUUCUUGUGAUAAGCCAUAUGUUGCCGAACGGCCAUUGUAAUCCCUGUUGACACCUUCUAUGAUAUAUGAUGCUCCAUUGCUCCUUCCAGUAAAUAAAUAAAUAAACGUUCUAA